AUGACUGGCAUGUUUUUUUUGCUUUUCUGGCUUGAUUCUUCCUUUUUUGUUUGUUUGAACCUGUUUGCUCUUUCAAACCGUGCUGUUAUUUUUCUUGAGAUCGUAAGAACGAACAAUUAUCUAGCCCUUAAGUAUUGCUCGAUCUUUGUUCCCGAGGGCCAACUCGAGCUGGCCGAUGUCCGUCACCUUACAUCAGUCUAUUUGCGUUAUCUUGGUGUCUUCGCGUAUCGCAAUGGUUUGUUUGCGAAGAUGAGGUCGUCGACAUAG